UCUCUCCCUGUCUGUCUCCAGGAGAAGUUCUUGGCAGUCCAGAAAGCAGCACAAUGACGCUCUGUAUCCUAACUUUUACACUCUUCAGUCAGACUCUCAUAGUAGGUUUUUCAAAUGCCCUUAACGUCACAGUGACCCCAUAUCCAUGGGCGUGGCACCCAGUGGGUGAAAAUGCUUCAUUAUGGUGUUCUGUAUCCCAGAAGAGAAGGCCGGACAGCCUGCUGACUGUACGUUGGGUCUUCUCUACAGAGCCUGGACAUGAGCAAGUUAUUGGAAGGAUUACAAAAUCUGGCGCUGCACACAUUGCUGCAAACUGGAGCCACAGGGGAGACCUAAGCAGUGACAACCUCGACAGAGGUCAUCGCUAUCGGCUAACACUUCAUGACCUGCACCUUACCGACCAGGGGAAUUACAUAUGUCGUGUUCAGGAGGUGGCUCGACAUAGGAGUCGUUGGACCGCUGUUUCUAAUGGCACUGCAGCCACCCAACUGAGGGUUUCAACUUUUAUUAUUUCCGAGGAGAAAAAACUGUUCUCAUGGAAAUUAUUUCAAGAUCUGUACCUCUAUGCGGUGCUUCUCUGCUGUGUGGGGAUUCUUAGCCUCCUGAUCUUUCUUCUCAUUCUCCUGUGCCAGACCAUUUUCCAGAAGAGACGUUCCAGAGUGAGAUGGAAAUGUUCCCAGCAGAGCUGGGUGUGUGACUAUAUCUUUCCUGUGCAUCAUAGCCCUUGUGAUGAGAGUCCAAGUGCGGCUGACCUGCUAUCAAAUCAGUCUGGCAAAAGGAAAAGAAAAAGAAACCAGCAGGCAGAGACUCCGCCAGCCAUCCCUGUGAAAGGCCCCUUAAUCACCAUAAAAAAGAACCCUCAGCGGCCAAUCCUGCUGCCUCGCCUGGUGGAGGAAGGUUUGGCCUAUGCAGAGCUAGAACUGAUGAAGUCUCCAUUGCCAGUAAAGGACCCCAACACCAGCACGGUAUAUGCUCAGAUAUUAUUUGAAGAAAGUUCCCUACAGAAGGAGACCCACAAUGCAGGAAAGAACAUGAAUGCCGAGAGCUCCAAUCAUUCAACAACACAAUAUGCUGCCCUUGUGGGAGUUCCAAGAAUAGAGAGCUCUAAUCACAUAAGAAGGACCAAUGACCUGUACAAACUGUAAUGUACAUUAUCCUUUUAUACUCUUAUACUACUGGAUCUGCCAAUUACAUUUUUGGGGGGCAUAGGAUCCCUGUUGUAGCCUGCAGUAAUUUUGAAAUGAGAAACCACUGAGCUUGAAGCAAUUACUGCUUUGGUUUCUCUAAACUGCUCUACGGACUGUGCAUCGGGGAUAAUUCUACAAAGAAGGUGGGUCAGUAAUAUUUUGUGUGGGGGGGGGAACCACUAGAGGAAAAAAGGCAUGGCAAGAUAUUAGCUCAUGGUUGCCUGUGCUCUCAUCUCAACAUAUAACAAAUAUAUUUAAGACGUAAGAAAUAUCUGUGAUAUUUCUGCUUAAACGUCCUGAGCAGUAAAGCUGGCCAUACUUUAAAUUUGUUGCAAAGAGUACUCAAAUUCGUGAUUUGCGUUCGUGUUUUAUCUCGCUUUUUAUGGUCAAUUAUGAAUUUAAAGAUCAUUUUUAAUUAAAAACAAGCUUUAUUAUAAAUGAUAUUCAUUAACUGUGUGCAUCUACGGUGUGAACACAUUAGGGGGGAAAUGUUACCUGUCUGAAAAUACGUAAUUGAAUAAAACGUUGAAAAUCACU